GGGAGAGAGAGACAGCACUGUGGACUCAAUCAGAGGGGGGUAAAAAGAGGAGGGUAGACAGACAGAAGUUUGACAUACUUAAGACAAAGACCACAUCUAUUGUGAGUUUCAUUGUUUUCAGCAGCUGAGGAAGGAGCAUCUCUGAGCUACAACUUCAUUACAACGCAAUAGGAGUUUGAUGUUACAUGUGGAAAAGAAAACAGAAGACCCUAUCAGCUCCACUGACAACUCUGGAUUGUGGAGAGAAGAAGCAGCAGGAGAGCAGGUCUGCAGGAAGCCAACAUACCAGCAUAGCACCAGUAAACAGAUAAGACUCCAAAAACAUUCUUUUCAACUUCACGCAAGGAAAGGAGGAGAGAAGUUACCCUGUUUCUAGUCAGAGGAGUCGAGAGCUGAGAAGAGAGGGCUUCAUUAGUGUGUGAGGGGAGAACGUGUACGUGGAUUGACUGGACAGAAGUGGUCUUUGAGAAGAACUGAGAAAAGCAGCAACAAUCUGGAGGAGGAACAGCAAGAGGUCCACCGGGCCCCACAGCACAAUUUCACUAUGAGUAUGGCUGGUACUCUAGAGAGGGGGGCCCACCAUCAGGCCUUGGACCUGUCUGAGGAACUGCCGCCUCAUCACCACCAUCAACACACCAACCACCACCAUCAUCUCCACCACUCCAACUCUCUGGCCUCCACCACCGCUGUGGGUGGAGGCAGAGAAACACCUUCACGUGUGGUCGUACCUCCUCCUUAUUCUGCAGCUGAAAGUGGUGGUGGGGGCAGUGAGGCUCCUCUGGAGCUGAGGGGGUCUCUGGACUGCUGGGCCUGCUCCGUGCUGGUGACUGCUCAGAACCUGGUGAUUGCCGCGAUCAAUGCCUGCCUUGCUGGACUGGUGUUUGGUACCAUCCUGACGCCAGCCAUCGUCAUGGUGGUGUUUGGCUUCCUCUGCCAUUCAACAGUCCGCCCUCAUGGGACAACCCCCUACUGCUCAGAUCUGCUGACUGACGGAGGUUGCGUGGCUCUACUGGUGGUGGGCUUCCUCUUGGUGACCCCUCUGCUGGUCCUGGCAUUGGCUGCAUACUGUCGCCUGGCCAGACACCUCCAGCUGGGCCUGUGCUUCAUCCCGUACAGCCGGGCUGUGUACAAGAACCUGCCAGCAUCCCAGCACCGUGGACUGGGCACUGGUUGCUGCUGUGGCCGAGAUGGAGCUGACGGGAAAGGAAAGGUCUGGGUGUGAGAAAUAAAAGAGAGGGGUGAAGAAGACCAUUAGAUGAAGCACAUGAGGGAACUGAAGAAAAGAGAGUUGGGGUAGGAGAUUGUAGGGGAGUAGUAAGAAAAGGCAGGAGAUGUAAAAACAAUAAAAUGUGUACCAGAGAAUGGAGGAAGUUGUACACGGCAGUUACUAUAACAACCAACUGAACACCCUGGAGGACCAGUUACAUUGUUAUGAAUGAUUACUAAUAACUUACUCCUAUGCCUUAACGUCAGAGCAAGAUUACAGAUUGUUCAGAAAGAAUGAACACAGUGUACUGAGGAUUUCUGUUUGUUGGUAUUUUUCCACUGGACACUUUGGCUAUUUAGAAACUUUCAGGUCAAUAAUUUACAGCAAGAAUGACUCUGUAAAUCAGAAAUUAAUCAAAACAUCAAACAAUCAAAAUCUGACAAUCACACAAAAUGUGACUGAUGGCUUAAAAAAAAAUAAUGCUUGAUACUUUAUCUGGUCUGUAUACGUCUUUAACUUUCCUGAAUAGAACAAAGGAAAUAGGAAAACUGAAAACAGCACUCCUCACAAAGGUUGUAUUGACACUAAACAUAAUUGUAUCUCUUUACAUGUAUGUUAUUAUGAAAAACAUAUUUGUCUAGUGUAGUUGUAGUUCUGCAAAGCAAACUGUGACUGCAAAUUCUGACAUUCUUUCCUUUUUAUAAAUAAAGUUUUUGGAUUCA